AUGCGAAAGCAUUUGUCGUUCAAGCGUGUUCACAAAAGUCAGGAGAAUUGGAGAGACAAGGCUUUGGAUUUGGCUCAGUUCGUUGAUGAAAAAUAUUAUGAAUUAACGGGAAUUAAAAAACAAAUUGGCGAUGAUUUGAUAAGAUCGAAAAGAAGUUGUCGUCCGGAUCUGCGCAGAUGGGGAGCUAAAUUCGAAACAAAUUCACAACGCCCGUAUUUUGAAGGACAUGAAAGAGACGAUGUGGUUAAACAUCGUAAUGAAUUUAUUAAUUAUUUUCUGGCACAUAAAGAUUUUUAUUACACAGUUACUGAUGGUGAAAUACCUAUGUGGAAUAUUCUCACCCAAAAACCUCAUAUAAUACUUCUAUGUAAGGGCAACAAUCGAAACUUUUUAGAUAUAAUUUCUGUUAUGCUUUUUUCGUGUUUAUCUUUACCAGUUCACGAUGAAUCAACCUUCAAAAGUACGGAACCUAUUUAG